CUCUAUUGGACAGAGCAAGGAGCAGCCCCUGCUCUAUUGGACAGAGCAAGGAGCAGCCCCUGCUCUAUUGGACAGAGCAAGGAGCAGCCCCUGCUCUAUUGGACAGAGCAAGGAGCAGCCCCUGCUCUAUUGGACAGAGCAAGGAGCAGUGUCAUUCUGGCGAUGGCCCAGUGGGCCUGUCUAAAUUGGCUGGAUUUUACAUCAGAUGAUCAUUAUUUGGCUUUGGGGGCCUUGAGGAAAGAAAAUGUGGUAGCUAGAAAUGCCUGGGCCGAAUUCUGAUCCCAGUUCGCCCCUGAAAGGUGUGUGUGUGUGUGUGUGUGUGUACAGUUCUGUAAUGUGUUUUCUUACUGUUGUGGCCGGUGAUGUAAAACGUCUCUACUUUUCCCCUCCAUGUGUGCUGUCUCCCAACCCUCCUCUGUACUGCCCUUUACAACGGGGAGAAGCACUGCCCUUUACCAGGGCACGCGAGAGAGACGUGGUGGAUUUUAGGUUUUCUGUAGGUGAAGUGUGAGAGAGAGAGAGAGAGAGAGAGAGAGAGAAAGAGGUGCAAAACUGAAAGGUAUACUUACAGUGAACAGGAGGAGGGGUCCACACACACAGAGAGACCGAGACAGAGAGACCGAGACAGAGAGACCGAGACACCGAGAGAGAGUGAGACACCGAGAGAGAGAGAGACCGAGAGAGAGAGACACCCGAGAGAGAGAGACCCGAGAGAGAGAGACCCGAGAGAGAGAGACCAGAGAGAGAGACAGAGAGAGAGAGACAGAGAGAGACCGAGACAAAGAGACCGAGACAAAGAGACCCGAGAGAGAGACAGAGAGAGGGAGCAGUGACUGACUGUGGGUGUGACUAAAGGCGUGACUCCCCGUGACUCCGCCUUUUCUCCUGUUUACCUGAGGAGCUACAAAUAGCAGUGUAAGAGGUAGGAAACACACACCUGUCACUGCUGCUGCCGUCGACUCACCUGGACUGAAGAAACCACACACCACACCUUUACAGACCACUGUCCUCUGCCGUCAUGUGUCAGUGGUUGACCUCUAGCCUCUGUGUUGUGAUGCUGCUGCUGUGUCCAGUCAGUUUCAGCUACGAGGGGCUCAGCCCAGGACCUGGCUGUCAUCUAUACCGGUUCAACGUGACCAUCCGUAGUGACCAGCGUGGGACAUGCAAAGGAACUCAUGUUGUGAAUGCCUGUGUUGGCUACUGUGAGUCCAGUGCCUUCCCAUCCCGCUACUCUGUUCUGGUGGCAUCGAACUUCACUCACAACAUUACCUCGGCAUCACAAUGCUGCACCAUCAGCAAGGACGCAAAGAUCAAAGUUCGUCUUGACUGUCCUCGUAGUCGUCACCAUGAUGAUAUCGAGAUCCUGACGGCUCAGGCCUGUCGUUGCGACAUGUGUCGCAAGUCACGCUACUGACAUGCCACCGUCUCCGCGGGAACACACGCUACACGCAACAAAUUGUAAUAUGAGGACUUGGAUGAAGAGAAGACAAGGAAAUGUGUGUAUACAAGGAUAGAGUGUGUGUGUGUGUGUGUGUCUGUGUGUGUGUGUGUGUGUGUGUGUGUGUGUGUGUGUGUG